CAACUGUAUGAAUGAUCCGCAAUGUACAUGCAGGAUAAUGGCAACUCCUUCACCCUAGCUGUCUUUGUAAGCUGCCUUUUUUCUCGCGAUUUCCCGAGUGUGGCGUCUCUCGCUAAUGCCAGCGCAAAUUGGGAGGACUGCCUCGAAUGCCAAACAGCUGGUGAUCCCCUGUCCCCCGGCUUACGCAAAAGAGUGCCUCACAACCCCGACUCGCACGCUCCCCCGAUGUCCGUCCGUAGCCGCUCUGCUACGAGCAAUGUCCGACCAGCUCUUUGAGGCAUAUUAUCUUGCAGCAAAAAUCUCUCUUAUAAAGCACACGGGUAUCCUGCAGUCCAUUGUUCCUGCAACAUCCCUCUGCAUCCCCACCCUCCUCCCUGCUAUAUCUCCGCCUAUUACCUACUACCUAUAAAAUGCGUCUUUCGAGCUGCAUUCUCCUUUUUGCUGCCGCAGUGCAAGCAAAGCGAGUUGUCCACAACUGGGACAUCACCUACUUGAACACCAGCCGCGGCCUGGACCAGGCGCCGAAGCGCGGCAUCACUGUCAAUGGAAAGUUCCCGCUGCCCAUUGUUGAAGCUGAAGUCGGCGACCUUCUGGUGCUCAAUGUCCACAACUCGCUCGACGUGCCCACUUCUCUGCAUGCCCAUGGUAUCUACCAGCAUGGCACCAACUACUACGAUGGUGUUGGCAUGUUCACCGAGUGCUCGAUUGCCCCCGGCAGCAACUUCACGUACGAGAUCCCCCUGAAGCAGUCAGGAACCCAUUGGAUCCAUGGACACACAGCCGAGCAGAACUUUGACGGGCUGCGCACCACCCCUCAUCAUCCGACUGGUCGCCCGUGGACCAUGCAGCAGUCAAUGGAUUUCCUGCUGAAACCGAACCUGGCCGGCCUGCCCCUCAACCCGCCGCCCCACGGCCUCAUCAACGAGUCAAUGGCACGCUUACCAAGCCCAUCAAUUUCCCGAACCUCGAGUUUUGUCAUUGACGACCACGACCUGAUUCUGUACGAGAUCGAUGGCGUGCGCACAAAGCCCAAGACGCUGAAGACUAUCCGUGUUACCCCUGGACAGCGCGCCUCGGUGCUGGUCAAGGCAAAGCGGUCAAGGUCGAACAACUACUCGUACCAUGUCACCAUGAACUCGCCGGGAACGCCUGUGCUCGCUGGUGCCCUGCCAUUCACAUUCAAUGGCACUGUCGAGUACGACCCCAAGGCGCCGCCUUGGCUCCACCACUACGUCGUCCUGUACGAUACCUUCGACUAUGUUGAGUUCCGCGCACCCAAGGUCCCAACACUGUUCAGCGCACUGACCAUGGGCGACAAGGCCAAGAACCCGCUCAUCUACGGCCCACAGACAAAUGCCAGGGUGCUAAACUACAACGAGGUCAUUGAAAUAGUCCUGUUCAGUACCUCGAUUGCACCCCACCCAUUCCACCUCCACGGCCACACCUAUGGCUUCUCGCCUCUUCGCCGCGAUACUGUGUUCCUUGGUCCAUUCCAGUAUGUUGUGAUUCGCUUCCGCGCCGACAAUCCGGGUGUGUGGCUCUUCCACUGCCACAUGGACUGGCACAGCCCGAAUCUCCGUAGUGUAUUUGUUUCUGCGCCUGAUGUCAUGCAGAGGACACUGAGGGUCCCGCAGUCAGUUUUUGACCAGUGCCGCAUUCCAGGGUAUUCCGACCAGCGGAAAACGUGGUUGGUAGAAAUGACUAACAACAUCGACGGUGCGCCAAUCCUUCCUGCACUCCUAGCCAGCCCUCCUCACUAAUGGCGCUGCCUCAUUACAAUAGACGCACACAUUGUUGAUUAGUGGAUUGCAGAUGUGAUACAAAUGGCAAUAAAUAGCAGCAUCA